AGUCAGGGGACUCGGAGCGUACACAGAAACAGAAGACUGAGAGGCAGGGUGAAAGAAAUCAGGCAGGCAUAGAUGCGAACUUUUCAGAGCUGGAGCCAGACACGUAGGGAAGCUGGAAAAGCUGGAAAAAUAUUGCGCAAACAAAAGAAAAAUAACAGGAAAAUAAAGAUGCCUUUCUUUAUAUUAAAAGAAGUGAAGGAAACAUAUACGAAAGGGAAGUUUGAGAGGUAAUGGAUCACAAUCUCCGAAAGACUGCCUAAUGAAUUGUGAUUUAAGUAUUGCUGGAAUAAAGAUCUGAAUUAUUGUAUAUAUAAAUCGCCCUUUGUAAAAAUGAGGUCGACAAGACAUAUAGCUUAUUAGCACACCUGAUUGCAAAUAAGAAAAGAAAAACAAACUCCAAACUUUCGAAGAGUUUUGGUUGCUGUUUUUUUUUUUUUUUGUUUUGUUUUUUAAUAACUACUUUAUACACUUUUUCAGAGGCAGUUUAGAAUCUCGACUCUCUUCGGCAUCUACAGGAUCCAGCUCUUCUCGUUUAUUAUUAUUAUUAUUAUUAUUAUUAUUAUUAUUAUUAUUAUUAUUAUUAUUAUUAUCGUCAAUCAUAAAGAAAAAAUGUAUUUGGGCAAGGCACUUUUGUUUUUUCUGUUUUUGGAUUUUGUGACCGUUAGUUUGUCAGUCUCCACUUGCACCACGGUGGACAUAGACAACAUUAAGAAGAAACGGGUCGAGGCCAUCCGGGGUCAAAUAUUGAGUAAACUGAGGCUCACCAGCACUCCGCAUACUGGGGGUCCGUCUCAGGUCCCGUUCCAGGUCUUGGCUCUCUAUAACAGCACAAAGGAACUGCUAGAAGAGCUGUCCAGGGACAGGCAGCAGAGCUGUGCUCAGGACAACACAGAAACGGAGUACUAUGCGAAAGAGAUCUACAAGUUCAACAUGAUUCAGGGGCUCCCGGAAAACAAUGACCUCCCUUACUGUCCCAAAGGGAUUACCUCAAAGGUGUUUCGCUUUAACGUCUCCUCCAUGGAGAAGAACUCCACUAACCUGUUCCGGGCAGAAUUCCGGGCGCUCAGGGUGCCGAACUCUAGCGCCAAGCGCAGUGAGCAACGGAUUGAACUCUACCAGAUUCUAAGGCCGGAUGACCACAUCGCAAAGCAGCGCUACAUUGGGGGGAAAAACAUCCUGACAAAGGGCUUGCAUGAGUGGAUAUCAUUUGAUGUAACUGACACUGUAAGGGAAUGGCUAAUGUAUAGAGAGACCAAUCUGGGCCUGGAGAUCAGCGUGCACUGCCCCUGUCACACAUUCAACCCCAACGGGGACAUCAUUGAAAACAUCAACGAGGUGCUUGAGGUCAAAUUCAAAGGCAUGGAGGGUGAAUACGAGGAGCAGACCCGCUUGGAUUUGGGGAAGCUGAAGAAACAGAAGGACCAGCUGUACCCUCACCUCAUCCUCAUGAUGCUGCCCCCUCACCGCCUGGACACCCAAUCUAGCAGUCACCGCCGCAAACGGGCUCUCGACACCAACUACUGCUUCACGAAUUACGAAGAAAACUGCUGUGUGCGUCCACUCUACAUUGAUUUCCGACAUGACCUGGACUGGAAAUGGAUCCACGAACCCAAAGGCUACUAUGCUAAUUUCUGCUCCGGUCCCUGCCCAUACCUCAGGAGUGCUGACACCACACACAGCACGGUGCUGGGCCUCUACAACACUUUCAAUCCUGAAGCAUCAGCUUCCCCCUGCUGUGUUCCUCAGGACCUCGAACCCCUGACUAUCCUCUAUUAUGUAGGACGGACUCCCAAAGUGGAGCAACUCUCCAACAUGAUUGUAAAAUCCUGCAAAUGCAGAUGAAACCGACCAUCAGUGAUCACAAAUAAGUGCCAUUCAGCAGGACUGUCGAACUGAGAGUUCUGUCAUCCGAAGGAUCCCCUAACAUGGCAGAGAAUACUUCUGAAAGAACAAAAUGGCUGGCUACUGUCAAGGACAUGAAGCUGAUUUACCAUGCCUUGACAGCUCAAAUAAGGACGUUUAAUAUUAACCUUUGUUAAAGGAUAAAGACUUACAAUUCGUGGACUCCUGAAAGUGACAAUUUAAAGUUUUUUCAGCAUUCUAAAGUGACUCUUACAACUGAUACACAAGCAAAUUAAGCUUAUGUCCCAAAAAAAACAAAAAAACAAAAACAAAGGCUGUGAUGUUCCUAAUUAAGAUCAGUUGUGUAGAAUCCAUUAUGUGGAGAGCUGCCGGUAUGCCGACUUGACAAAGUAACAACCAAUAAAAAGCAAGACAAUGAAAAUGCUUACUGGAUUGGAAGUUCUAGAAAGCAGAUUCCAAAAUCGAAGAAAAAAAUGACAGCAAGUUUUGUGUGUGAAGCUACCUAUUGGUGAGGGGAGGGGGGUGGGGUUACAACUUAAAACCUAAUGAGUACCAAAAUUGGUACCAAAGGAUCUCCAUGCUGGAAAUUAGCGCUGUGCACAUAUGUGAACCCUUAGCUGUUAAACUUUAUGGAUUUAAAAUAGUAUUUAAAAAAAAAAAAAAAAAAAAAACUCAAUUGCUGGAAAAAAAGCUAUGGCAAAAUAGGACUGUUAUUCUGAUUACCUUUACCUUUGUUCAUCAACAGAAGAACUAUAUUUGCAGUUGUACAAACAAUGUAUGCCACUUAGUGAAUAUUUCACUAAAAUCAUCACUAAAUCUAA